GCGUUUCGGCUGUCCCGCUCCAGGCGUCCCUCCUUGCUCUGAAACUCCGCUGCCGGCGGGAUCCGGCGGUGACCAGCGGGGUGCGACACCCGAGCGAGCCUGGCCUCCCGCCCCCCUCCCCCAGGGGAUGCCGCGCAGGCCGCCCGCGGUCCGCUCCGGGAACAAGCCUUGUCCCGCGCCCGCCAUGGAGCCGGCCGACGGCGGGCCCUGGGCCCACAGCCGCGCGGCGCUCGCCCGCCUGGAGAGGCUGCUGCGCUGCUCCCGCUGCACUAAUAUUCUGAAGGAGCCAGUAUGCUUAGGAGGCUGUGAGCACAUCUUCUGUAGUGUUUGUAUAAGUGACUGUGUUGGAUCAGGAUGUCCAGUGUGUUACACACCGGCCUGGAUCCUAGACCUCAAGAUAAACAGACAAUUGGACAGCAUGAUCCAGCUUUAUAGGAAACUUCAGAAUUUGCUACAUGACAAUAAACUUUCAGACCCAAAAGACAACACAUCUAGGACAGGUUCAUUUGGUGAUGCACAAAGCAAGAAGAAUUCAAUAAAAAUGUGGUUUAGUCCUCGAAGUAAGAAGGUUAGAUAUGUUGUGAAUAAAGCCUCAGUACCAACCCAGCCUGAAAGCGCAAAGGAUGACAAAGCCCAGGAAGCCUCCACAUAUGAAUUUAUUUCCACAAGCCCCCCUGAAGUUGUUUCUAAGAGGAAUAAGACAGCUUCUAGAACAUCUGCAAAAAAGCAGCGGAAGAAAUCCUCAGCUGAGAUCAACCAGGAGGGGAAGUCAAGGCCAGAAACAGAAGAUAGGUUUGAUUCCACAGAGGGACUGAAGGAGGAGAGGCUAGUCUCCUGUAACCAAACACUAUUUAUGGAAAGUCCACAGGUAAAUGGUGAAAUAGACUUACUAGCUAGUGGUUCUGUCAUAGAAUCUGAAUGUUCUGGAAGAUUGACUGAAGUCUCUUUACCACUGGCUGAGCAUAUAGUGUCUCCAGGCACUGUGAGUAAUAGUGAAGAGACUCCUGAGAAGAAGGCCUGUGAUAAAGAUCUUUGUUCAGUAGGAUGUAAUGGAAAUCACAAAGAUUGUAGCAGGUCUCCCAAUCCUACUUCUAAGAAAUGUGAGAGCAACAUUGGGAGCCUUAGCAGAGAUGUCAUUAAACCAAGAGUGCUUGCAGAAAAUAUAUGUUCUUCACUGCCUUCAGAGAAACUUCAAGUUGAUGUCAUACUCAUAUCAGAUAACUCCCUUAGCCUUUCACCAGGCACACCCCCACCUCUGCUGAAUAAUUCAACUCACAGACAAAUGAUGUCAAAGCCCUCCACAGUGAAGCUGUCACCCGGUAAUGCGGCCAGGAAAAGAAAUCACAGAGGAGAGACUCUGCUUCAUAUUGCUUCUAUUAAGGGUGAUAUAUCUUCUGUUGAAUACCUCUUGCAAAAUGGAAACGACCCCAAUGUUAAAGACCAUGCUGGAUGGACACCGUUGCAUGAAGCCUGCAGUCAUGGGCACCUAAAGGUAGUGGAAUUGCUGCUCCAGCAUAAUGCUUUGGUGAACACCACAGGCUAUCAGAAUGAUACACCACUGCAUGAUGCGGCCAAGAACGGCCAUGUGGACAUCGUCAGGGUGUUACUGUCCUAUGGCGCCUCCAGGAAUGCUGUUAACAUAUUUGGUGUACGGCCUGUGGAUUAUACAGACAAUGAAAAUAUAAGAUCAUUAUUGCUGCUACCGGAGAAGAAUGAAUCAUCCUCAACUAGCAAGUGCUCAGUCGUGACUGCUGAACAGCGAAGGAAUGGGCCACUGGUUCUUAUAGGCAGUGGGCUUUCUUCCCAACAGCAGAAAAUGCUCAGCAAACUUGAGACAGUUCUCAAGGCUAAAAGAUGUGCUGAGUUUGAUAGUACAGUAACUCAUGUCAUUGUUCCUGAUGAUGAAGCUCAAAGUACUCUGAAGUGUAUGCUCGGAAUUCUCAAUGGGUGUUGGAUCCUGAAGUUUGACUGGGUGAAAGCUUGUUUGCGCAGCAAAGUCCGUGAACAGGAAGAAAAGUACGAAGUUCCUGGAGGUCCGCAGAAGAGCAGGCUCAACAGAGAGCAGCUGUUGCCAAAGCUGUUUGAUGGAUGCUACUUCUUUUUGGGGGGAACCUUUAAACAUCAUCCAAAAGAUGACCUCCUCAAGCUCAUUGCUGCAGCAGGAGGCAAGGUGCUCAAUAGAAAGCCCAAGCCAGACAGUGAUGUGACUCAGACCAUCAACACUGUUGCAUACCAUGCCAACCCUGACUCUGAUCAGCGUUUCUGUACACAGUACAUCGUCUAUGAAGAUCUGUUUAAUUGUCGCCCGGAAAGGGUCCGGCAGGGCAAAGUCUGGAUGGCUCCUUCCACCUGGCUUAUCAGCUGUGUAAUGGCCUUUGAAUUGCUUCCUCUUGACAGCUGAGUGUCAUACAGUGAUCAUUUUAAGUUAACACAUGAGAACGAAGCCAUUGUGAUGUCUUUGAUCAUUCACAUUUUUAUGUUUAGGUAGAGACACUUAUAUUUUCCCCCUUUGAAUUACAAAAUAAAACAAUUGGUGUUAGAUGGGGAAUUGAUUUAGAUGCCUAAAUUGCUUUUAGAAUUUUUUUUAGUUCUCUUGAGGUUGGGGCUGUAACUCAGUGGUAGAUUCUUCAUGAACCGUGCUUGAGGCUUGGGGUUCCACGCUGGGAACUGGAACGAAGUUUUUGGUUUAUAAGUGGCCUGUCAUUUUUGAUUGAUCAUGUCUUUCAGUUUUAUCAGCAUUUACCAAAGACAAGUGAGAUGACAUCAGAACUACUUGUUAAAUCUAUAAGUGGUCUAUCACUAAUUUAGCAUCUUUUAGUAAACAAUAUCAUCAGAUGA